AUGGAUCCUGCAGAACGGGAUGGCGACUCAAGGAAGCCCAAAUAUUCCAAAUUUUCACAGCAGGAGCUUCCAGCAUGCAAGCCAGUGCUGACACCUAAAAUUGUCGUUACUGUCUUCUUGCUAAUUGCGUUCCUAUUCAUUCCGAUCGGGGUUGUGACUCUGAAUGCGUCACGAGAGGUUGUCGAACUGGUGGAGAGAUACGAUAUAAGUUGUGUUGUGCGCAUGGAUGAUAAGAUCGCCUUCAUUCAGAACUCCGAGAUUGACAAAACAUGCAACAUCACACUACAGGUGCCUAGAUACAUGAAGAGUCCAAUCCUUGUAUAUUACCAGAUUGGCAACUUCUAUCAAAACCAUCGAAGGUAUGUGCAAAGUCGAAAUGACAAACAACUGCGGUAUAAGAAUGUUCACUUGGGAAAAGAAUGUGAACCUGAAGGGCAUGCCGCUGGUGGUGCUCCAAUUGUUCCAUGUGGCCUUGUUGCUUGGAGCCUGUUCAACGACACAUUUACAAUUAAGCUCAAUGGGGAGACUAUUGAAGUGAAUAAAAAGGAUAUAGCUUGGAAGAGUGACAAGAAGCAUAAAUUCGGCAAUGAUAUCUAUCCUAGUAAUUUCCAGAAAGGACGUCUCAUAGGUGGUGCUAAGCUAAACGAGAGCAUAGCAUUAAGUGAGCAAGAAGAUCUCAUUGUUUGGAUGAGAACCGCUGCCUUCCCAACUUUCAGAAAGCUAUAUGGCAGGAUUGAAAAGGAGAUCAUGCCUAAGGAUAACAUAACAGUGGUUAUACAGAAUAACUAUAACACGUAUAGCUUUGGAGGAUCAAAAGCGUUGGUCCUUUCUACUGCAUCUUGGAUUGGAGGAACAAAUAACUUCAUUCGUAUUGCGUAUCUUACUAUUGGUGGUUUGUGCCUCUUCCUUGCUUUCGGGUUCACAGUUCUGGAGUACAUGGUUAAGCCAAGUGAAACUAUGAAGGUGCGCCGCGGCCUGUGA